UAAAAAUCUACUGACGUUUUGUAUUAAAAUGAAUUGUUUGUUAAUCUUCGAUCACCUAAAUGAUCUCAUAUUUUCGAAAUACAACAAAAAAUUUGCAAUACACCUAAAUGAAUUUGCAGUGGCCCAAUGUUUACAAAUAGAGACAAAUAACAAUGAACUGGAUGGAAAUGUUAUUGUACAGAUAUUUUCCCCCAUAAUUGCUUCUCAUAGAAUUAUGAGUUGCCAAUUUGGAAAUUCAUAUACAUCGAUUAAAUGUUUGGAUGGUUUAAAUUUACAAUUUGAUCAGUAUAUGGGAUACCUUUUUGUGGCUAUUGGUUCAACAGAUACUUCAAACAUAAAACGUUUUCUGAAUGUAUCUAUAACAGUUGUCAGAUACUUAUGUGGACCUGAUGUAUACCAAUUAAAACAGAAUAAUAGUAAAGCAGAGUUGGCUACCAAGUUAAUAGACAGUUGGUUAUAUCUUCAUAAAACUGAUCAGGCAGUUCUUAUUGAAGCUGUUGAGCAGUUAAUUGUAAAUUCUGAUUUGAGUAUGGCCACUCUUAAAGCGCUUCAGGAAUCAACUGAUAGACUAAGUUCAGAAGUGGAUUGUAAUAAAAUACAUGCCCUAGUACUUGUUCAAAACAAAUUUUUAGCUUUAUAUUCUUGUCAAAAUGCCAAAGAAUUGUCUGCAACAGAUAUAUUGUUCUCAAUGAUUUUGUGCCAAAGUAAUUACAUUAAAAAAGAUGAAGAUGAAAAUUUCGAGAUUAUUGUUCCGCCAGAGGAAUCACUUGAAACCAUCUACAGUUACCAAAUUUUAUUGUCUGGACCUGAACUGCAGCCUAAAUGUUUACCACAUAUUGUUCAUAUUAUACCAAUCAGUGAGGGCGUUCAUUUAAUUUACUUAUUAGAAGUUGGGAACUCAGCAGUUGCUGCCAGUUUAUAUGAAACUUUCAGUCACUUGCACACCCUACAAUUAUUGCAAAGUCAAAGAGAAAAGUCUAUUCUUCAACCAGCUUUCGAAAAUUUCGAACUCGCUACUAAGAAACUAAAUGACAGUCUUAAGAAAAAUAGAAAUAGUCAUAUUGAGGUGGCCCAUAAACAGCUCAUGAAGAAAUGGGAUAUAAUAAAGAAGAAAUACUAUGAAUUUUUUAAGACUUCUUCUGAUGAAGCUUUAUUAAGAGCGGAGACUGUAACACUGACGUUCUUGGAAGACUUAAAUGAUUUUUUGAAACUGACUUCAAUUGAUGAGAGUAUUAUUAAAUCCACACGAAGUCGGGCCAAGACGGCGGGGGAGAUAGUUCAAACAAAUUUGAAGAGUUAUAAUGAAUUUUUCAAAGUUAAGAGCAUCAAAAACUUUUCCCUUGGAUCUAGAGAUUCCCUAACAAUCAAUAAGUAUUUGGAAGAGUUUCCAGGACUAGUUCAUUUUCUCUAUGUGGAUAGAUCCAAUCACAGACUGACUAGUCCAACUUUGGACGUCACAAAUAAAGAAAAUUUGAUUACAGAAAAGUUUAUUUCAAAGAUAUCGUUAAUGAUCAACUUCGGAAGGAGCCACCUGAUGGAUGGAACCUUGUCCUUAAUGUGGAAGGAUAUGACUUUUAACUACGCCUACUUUGUUUGGUUCGAGGAUAUUAGCGGAACACCAAUGAAACCAACUGUUAUGCCUAAUGCAUCAUUACCUUUGCCAGGAAUUUUGUGCGAAGAUUUUUAUCAGAAACUGAAGGAGAUAUGUUUUCCAAAAAUAGCUCCAGCAAAAAUCCGUUGCUAUGAAUUAUUUUGCGUGCAUUUGGGUUUGGUGACUGCUUCAUGUGUUCUGGAACAAACGCGACGGCUGUCUGCCACCAUUUGGGAGUUAAGAGGGCAUCCUUCCCAUCCAAUUGAUUUAUUGUAAAUUAGAUUAAUUUAAUAUUAGCAGAUAUUUAUUUCAUUUGUGAUAUGAUUAGUUUUAAGGUAUAAUUUAUUUCAAGUUUAGUCAGUAUUAUCCCAGAUUGUCAUACCUACAAGCAUAAUUUAAUAAAAUAUAAAUGUCUAAU